AUGAAGAGGCAAGACGGACUCGUGUUUCUACGAGGAAUCGAGACAUGGAGACACUUGUCUUGGGCUUACGGUCAUUUCGUUCGGACGCCAGAAGAGGAAGAAUCCAGCAGGGUCGAUCCGAAGAAGCGUGUCGGAUGCAAUUGGCCUGAGCGUCAUGUCUGAGUGAGUGUGUGCGAGUUAAUUGAUGCGCACGAUGUGUCUGGGAGUCUUCGUUUCACGCCAUCGAAUGAGUUUAGCCAGACGAUGUCAAAGGAGAUACGGGAAAAUGAAGAGGAAAAAGUCAGUGGAGAGGUGGUGAAUGAGUACGCCGAGAGUACACGACGAAUCCGCAUCAUGAUUCUGCCGGCUUGGCCAGAGCUACUCAGGAUGGCUGAAUGA